AGAGGGCAGAGAAAAGCGACGGCAGUAGAGCAAAAGCGACAGCUAGCUAGAGAAAAGUUUCAAACGCCGAAUAUACUCAAAAUUCCAAACGUAUAUGGCGUGAGUUAUCAAUUAUCGCAAAACGCAGUCAUAAAGUACCGAUUAUUCCUUGGCUGUGUGGAAAUUGAAUGCGUUUCGCAGCUGUUUUAUAAGUGCAGGUAUCUAAGCCGUCAAGUAAUAAUGUCACCUAAUGUGAUUUCUUAGCUCUCCGGACACAGAUAUGAAAACUCCUGUUAGUUGACGGUAUCUUAAAGGCACGACAGGUAUGGCAGUCGUGGGGCAUAUGUGAUGAGCUAUGUCUAAGUGUUCGCAAUCAUCUCCCUCAUCCCCAGAGUGUUGUGCGUAAUCCCCCUCCAAAUUAUCAAGGGGGAGCUUUCAGAAUGAAGAAGAUCAGUCUGAAGACAAUAAGAAAAUCAUUUAACAUUAAAGGCAAAGAAGAGAGCGAAUAUGAUGUAUCACAGUCAGACCUGGCCGCCAAUUUCUCUGCUGAAGAUUCUCUGUUUGGAGGAUGCUACAGCAAAGAUCUUGUCAGCAGUGACUUGGAUAACGAGGAUGAAAAACAAUCCAAAGUCCGAUCUAAGAGUGAGGGUCUCAUGGGAACCUUGAAAAGAAGACUAUCAGCAAAACAGAAAUCAAAGUUUAAAGGGGGUUCUCCAUCGGUAUGCUCUGUAGAUGAUGACACCUUCUCCUCUUCUUCUGCACCCAUUAGUCUAAGUGACAUAAAAUCCCAGCGUUCCUCCCGUUCCACCUCCGUCCAUAGUCACCAUUACAGUCCCACCCCAUGGCCUCUCAGAUCAGCAAACUCAGAGACAUUCGUUAAAAUGGACGUGAAGGUAAACACAUUAUUUAACUCUUCAGAUCCAAGCCGAGCUCUUAAUGGUGUGCGCCAAGACUUCCUAGACCUCCAGAGAGAUAGACUGUUUGAAGAAUCAAGCGAUUCAUUGAAACUCACCAGAUGUGUGCCAGACCACCAUUCAGACUCUCAGAAUGGUGAUUUGCAUCUUGACAUGGAUGAACACGUGCCUGUAGGCCUUGGUCUUGCAACUCAGGAUUAUAUUCAGUACACACUGCCUUUAGAUGAUGGACUCUAUCCUGAUGAAGAGGGUUCACACUCUUUUUGCUUAGAUAGCACCACGCCCAUGGAUGUUGUGCCCCAGUCAGAGAGCUGCAGAUCCCUUCAUGCAGAUGAGGAGCCUGUUGAUCAGGAUCUCUUGUCACCUGACAUCUUCAUGGAGUCCCCAGUGAACCAGCUGUUUUUAAACACUGCAAAUGUCUUGCUGCAGGGCUCCAGACUUGAAGCCCCAAUUUCCCCCUUGCUACCUCCAUUGCCCAAUAGCUAUUUCCAGAGAAGUUUUUCUGGGUUUGGUGGUACACAUGCUCAGGUUGCAGAGAGAGUAAUUCACCAUCUCAACUUCGACCCCAACUCUGCCCCAGGAGUUCAGCGGGUCUAUGAUGCUGUGCAGAGCAACGGGCCCAUGGUGGUCACUAGCCUCACAGCUGAACUGAAGAAGCUAGCCAAGCAAGGAUGGUACUGGGGCCCCAUCACAAGAUGGGAGGCAGAGGAAAAAUUGACAAAUCUUCCGGAUGGCUCUUUUUUAGUCCGUGACAGUUCAGAUGAUCGGUAUCUCUUAAGCUUGAGCUUUCGCUCGCAGGGUAAGACACUCCACACGCGGAUUGAACACUCAAACGGCAGUUUCAGCUUCUAUGAGCAGCCUGACAUCGAGGGGCACAUAUCAAUUGUGGAUCUCAUUGAUAAUUCGGUUAAAGAUUCAGAGAAUGGAGCAUUCUGUUAUUCCAGAUCACGCUUACCAGGGUCUGCAACCUACCCGGUUAGACUGACUAAUCCUGUUUCAAGGUUUAUGCAAGUGCGGUCACUGCAGUAUUCUUGCCGAUUUGUCAUUCGGCAAUACACACGGAUCGAUCUGAUCCAGAAAUUGCCUUUACCGAACAAAAUGAAAGAUUACCUGCAGGAAAAGCACUACUGAACACAGUAAAAACCGAACUUAACAGAACUUGAUUGCUACUUGCACUUUUGAGAUGACACAAUGAAGCAGGUUUUGCAAACAUUUCAAGGGUUUUGUCACCAUUAAACUACAUAUUAUGUUGAAAGAAAAGAUGACGUUUGAUGCUAAUACAGUGUCUGUUUAUAGUUGAGUAGAUAAUGAAGUUGUGAAGAGAUGCAAAGGCAGAAUGUUGUUAUAGAGUGUUUGGAUCUCAACGUUGGAGCCUUUUAUUGCAUGUUUUCAUAGAGCACUGUAGCAUUUUGUUUUUAUUACAGGAACACAAGUCCAGAUACAAAAAGAGUGAUGAGUUUUUAUGCAUAUCCCACACUAUGAAAUAUUAGCACAGAACUCCAAGCUCCAUCUUAUUGUAGGGCAUUGAGAAGUUAUUGGCAACAAUGCACAGCUGUGUUUUAACACCUUAAUGACCGUAGGUUUAUGAUAGGUGGUUUUGGUGAGCAUAUAGAUGACAUUCCUCCUUAUCCUUAUUUUUAAGUGCAUAACUUGUUUUACUAGCAACUGCUAUGUCACGACAUGAUUUUAUUCAAAGGGAAAAUCUACCUACACUAUUGUUGAAAAGUUUGGAUUAAUGAUGAUUUUUCUUCUAGGAUGCUUUAAACUGAUCAAGAAUUACAGUAAAGAGAUUUCUGAUGUUACAAAUGACUGCUUUUAAAAUAAGUGCUGUAUUCUUUAAACUUUCUGAUGUUUCAUGAAUCCUCCACUUGCAACAAUGACCCCUGAGGCAUUCUAGCCUAGUCGUUCAGAUGAUGCUUACUUCCAUGCUUUCUGUAGCUCUUCACAAAUAUGUAAUUGUUUUAUAGGACACUUCACUGAAUUUAUGAUCAGACUCUUCUCAUAGCAAGCAGCUCAACACCUCAAACUUAGACUCAUCCAUCCAUACUAAUGUCUAAUCAUUAAUUUCUGUUGUCAAUUCUACCAUUUGUUUUAUUUGUCAGUGUCAAAUGUGGCUUUUUCAUUGAAACUGUCUAAAAGACCAGCAUCCCAGAGUCUUCUCUUCACUGUUGCAGAUGAGUCGUGUGUUUGGCAUGAAGCUGCCAGUUAAGGACCUGUAAGGGGUCUGAUGUACUUGUCCUCAUGUUGUCGUGCUUCUGGGCCAUCCAUUUCUCAGUCUCUCGUGGUCAGAUCUAGUUUGCUUUUCUUUCAGUAGUAAGUAGUGCAUAGAAUAGCCUUCAUCUCUUAAAAGAACAAUAGACUGGUCUAUUUUAGAGAAAUUCAUUUCUUAUUGGGUUGUUUUUCUAACUGGAAUUUGAAUAAAGUGUAAACUAACUUGCUGGAAUUGCACUCAUACUUCAGCGAAUGAAAAAGGCAACUAUUGCGAUGUUCAGAUGUCAUUAAAUAUCACAACCUUUUUAACCUUUUCUAAUGAUUCCUCAAGGAUUAGGUGAUGCAGUAAUUCCUUAGUAUGGACUGGACAAAUGACUAAAAAAAAUUAAUAAAUAUCAAGUAGCAAUGAUCAUUUUUAACAUUGCCAAUGUUUUUGGCAGUAUUUUUUGAUCAAUCUGAUGCAUCCUUGGUGAAUAGAAGCAUCAAUUUCUUUCAAGAACAAAAAUGUUCAGUGAUUCCAAACUUUUGAAUGGGAGUGUAUAUGUAUGCCAAAUUGAUGUCUUGUCACCACAUUAACCUAUGUAUUUCAAGGAUGUUACUCUUUUAAUGAAGUUAAAAGGGCUAUAUUAGCUGUCCAUGUUUGUAAGAUCACAUUCUCACCCCUUUGUUUUACAUUCUGUAGGACAUGUGAUGCCAAGAUUAGAUGGUUUUGUGUCUCACUGAAACUCAUCUUUGUUGUCGAGUUAACUGAUUAUGGGAUGUAUGAUUUUUCUUUUAUAGCAAGUCACGUUUUAACAUGCACAUCUUGUCUUUUUUUUCCCCAUUUCAUUGCAUUAAUGUUCAUUAUAAUUGUUAAUCAUUGUUUUGAAAAUCGAAAUGUUACCUAUCAUGGACUAAGGUACAGUUUAAAAUAUUAAAUCAAUUCUUUUUGGGAACAUAAUUUGCUU